GGGGACGCCAUGGUCAAUGUGGUUACAGCCAUUGGUUCGUACGGUGAAUCUAAUGAAAAACCCAAGUCGUGGGUUGAAAGCGUCAAGAAGCUGGGCGAGGCGCUUGAGCGCAUUCAAAUUGAAAUCCGUCGAUUGAGUGGGAAGAUGGAAAAACGGUCUGGUAUCCGCAACUUCUUCUCCCAUAUGAAGAACCCCAGUAGGCUCGAUGAUUUAAAGAAAGAUUUUAGCGAAGCCUUGGCAAUAUUCCAGCUGGAGACAGACUUGAUGGUUGGUACGAUAGCAAACAAUCAAGUUCUGAAUGAACUUAAAUAUCCUAUUGUCCCCCAUCACGAUUCAACACAGCCGUGUCUGCCAGACACUAGGAUUGAUCUGAUCGAGCGUAUUAUGGCGUGGUGUCGUACCACAGAGGAUAGCAAGAAUCGUGUAUUACUGCUAACUGCCGUGGCCGGUGCGGGCAAGACAUCUGUUGCACUCUCAAUCGCAGAGGAGUGUAAAAGAGAAAAGAUAUCAUCGUCAAGCUUCUUUUUCAAAGCAGGGGAGCAGUCGCAGCCGGACCAUCUGUUCAGCGGCAUGGCUCGAUCUCUGGCAAUCAAUGACCCCGCAUACCGAGGACCCAGCCUCUCGACUGCCCCAUUCGCGACGCAAUUUGAGAAACUAGUGGCUGAACCUCUCCGUCUCAGGACAUCCUCGUCUGACCGUCCUAUGGUGAUUAUCAUUGAUGCGUUAGAUGAGUGCGAUACAAAGUCAUUCCCACGUCUUGCCGAUAUACUUCGGAAAGCAGUCCCAAAACUACCACCCAACAUCAAAUUCUUUCUCACUUCGAGACAAUUUGACCUCGUUGAUCGUUACCUAUCGUCUAAUUACCCUGUUGAUCGCCUCACCAUCGAUCUGUCGGACGAUGCUAACAUGCAUGACUGUGCUAUCUACAUCCGAUCACAACUACACGAACUAAAGGACGUGCAUCCUGGUUUGGAAGAUGGAAUCGGGGAAGAAGACACAUUAGUCCAAAGCAUACAAGAGCGAGCGGGUGGCUUGUUCAUUUGGAUCAGUACUGUCUUUGAUUACAUGAAGGUCAGCGGUAGCGACGCUACGAAGAUGCUGAAGAAACUGCUGGAUGAAGAUCUCAACCAACCAAAGGCGUCCGCUGAGGAAGUGAUGGAUAGGCUGUAUGCGAAUAUUUUAGAGAAGUGUAACUGGAAGGAUGAUGAUUUCGUGCAUGACUACCCGAUCGUGAUGGGAGCAAUUCUAAUCGCCCAGAAGCCACUAUCUGUUGCGGCCUGGGACGCCAUUCUCUCACCACUGCUGGCGUCGGACAUCCGAUAUGCAUUAGCUCAGCUUGCACCCCUCGUCUCAGGAGUUGGGGAUGCUAAAAGGCCAAUUCGUAUUCUGCACCAAUCUUUUCGCGACUUUCUCACAGACCGAGUCAAUCCACAAUCACCCAUACUUGGUCGGUUCGGAGUGGAUGCGAGGAGGGAGAAUGACAGAGUGGCUCUGCGCUGCAUCGAAAUCUUGAAUAAAGAACUUUCGACCAAGCUGCCAUCCAUUCCUCAAGAGGUGCUGUCUGAACAUGUCCAUUAUGCAUGUCGGCAUUUCGUGCAUCAUCUCAGCCAAUUGCAGGAGCCGCUGGAGGCGGCCAAUACUGGGCCUAUUCACGCAUUUCUCAACGAGCAAAUAUCACGCUGGGUGGAAGUCUGUGUGAGGACGGAAGGGUAUAUUAGUAUAUCAUCGUUCCCUGAAUGGGCCAAGUUGAACGUUGAUCGGGCCUCCAAAGAAGUCAUUCACAAGUUGGUCAAAAAUCUUGCGUUCUUUUUAAGAUUGCAGGAGGCAUAUGAGUUGGCAACACUCCUUGUGAACGAAGAAAGUGUGAAGCUCUGGCGCGAGCUCGUUGCCACCCAUCCAGCAUCAUACACCCCAGAUUUGGCUCGAGCGCUCCUGAAUCUUUCUGUAUCACUCGACAAAGUUGGACGCCAUUCCGAGGCGCUCACCGUAAUCGAAGAAAGUGUGAAACUCUGGCGCGAGCUCGUUGCCACCCAUCCAGCAUCAUACACCCCAGAUUUGGCUGGAGCGCUCCAGAAUCUUAAAGUAUCACUCGACAAAGUUGGACGCCAUUCCGAGGCACUCAUGGUAAUCGAAGAAAGUGUGAAACUCUGGCGCGAGCUCGUUGCCACCCAUCCAGCAUCAUACACCCCGGAUUUGGCUCGAGCGCUCCAGAAUCUUUUUGUAUCACUCGACAAAGUUGGACACCAUUCCGAGGCGCUCACGGUAAUUCAAGAAAGUGUGAAACUCUGGCGCGAGCUCGUUGCCGCCCAUCCAGCAUCAUACACCCCGGAUUUGGCUCGAGCGCUCCAGAAUCUUUUUGUAUCACUCGACAAAGUUGGACGCCAUUCCGAGGCACUCACGGUAAUUCAAGAAAGUGUGAAACUCUGGCGCGAGCUCGUUGCCACCCAUCCAGCAUCAUACACCCCGGAUUUGGCUGGAGCGCUCCAGAAUCUUUUUGUAUCACUCGACAAAGUUGGACACCAUUCCGAGGCGCUCACGGUAAUUCAAGAAAGUGUGAAACUCUGGCGCGAGCUCGUUGCCGCCCAUCCAACAUCAUACACCCCAGAUUUGGCUCGAGCGCUUGGGAGUCUAGGCACAUCGCUCACCAACCUUGGACGACAUUCUGAGGCACUCCUUGUGCAGCUCUGGCGCGAGCUAGUUGCCACCCAUCCAGCAUCAUACACUCCGGAUUUGGCUCGAGCGCUUGGUAGUCUAGAUGCAUCGCUCACCAACCUUGGACGACAUGCUGAGGCACUCCUUGUGAAUGAAGCAAGU